AUGGCACCUUCAAAAUCUUCGAAACAAGAAUUAACGCGAGCACGCGUCGCAAGGGACGCGGCGUUAAAUUCAAUACGGAAAAUACAUGCACUGGCUAUGGAAGCGGACACGGAUGAGCAUAAACGACCAAUAUUUUUCGCACGUCACGGGACAUUAGAACGUGCGGUUAAGUCGUUUGAAGCGGAGCAAGAAAAUGUUCUUUCUUCACUGGUUGAAUUAAACAGGUCUGACGAAUUUACAAGUUCAGAUUUAGAAAUUACUGAGGACAUGGAAAAAAUGUGCGGAGAAAUUCAAGUGGUGUUUUCGAAAUUACGUGGAUAUCCUUCAAUUACACAUCAAGGUGCAAUCGUAGAACGCGAAAAUACGUAUAAUGCUCGUGCAUCGCUGUCGUUGCCGAAGAUUGAGCUUCCAAAAUUCGACGGUAGUCUUAUAAAUUGGUGCGCGUUUCGCGAUAUGUUCACGUCACUAGUGCAUGAAAAUCGGUCAAUAACGGAUAUAGAGCGCUUUCAUUAUUUGGUGUCUUGCUUAUCAGGAUCGGCCUUGAACAUUGUCAAAUCAGUUCCACUAACCUCAGAUAAUUAUGUAAUCGCCUGGUGUGCGCUUCGGGAUCGUUAUGAUAACAAGCGGCUUCUUGCUACAGCACAUUGUGAUAAAUUAUUUUCAUUUGAACGUUUACAACGGGAAUCGGUAUCCUCGUUAUCAUCUUUUGUUAAUACUUUUCGUGAGAAUGUGGCUGCGCUAAAGGCACUUGGUGUUGUUGAUUUGUCUGGUUUCUUGCUAUUCUACAUCGGAGCCCGCGUCAUUGAUCCUGAUACUCGUCGAUUAUUUGAAGCAAGUGUACCUCAAGAAAGCAUACCGAAGCUGGAUGAACUGUUGGAUUUUGCUGCGAAUCGGUGUAAGAUUUUAGAAAACGUCGGCGCUAACACGGGUACGCUGUCAGUGGGCAACAGUAGUUCUAGAAAGGGCAAGGGCGGCCAGACGUCCGUGAAGACUUCAUUAUCGACUACUGCCACUGCCAAGAACAAAUGUGCGUUUUGCGAUCGUGAUCACCCGUUAUUUCGAUGUUUAAUGUUCAAGAGGAAAUCGGUCGCCGAACGGCGGGAGUUUGUCAUUAAGAAAGAAUUAUGUUUUGUUUGUCUACGUCCGGAUCAUGAAGCAAACUCUUGUAAGUCGGCGUACUUGUGCAAAACUUGUGAAGGACGACACAGUGUAUUGCUCCAUUUAGAUUCAAAACAUAAGGGUUCAGGGAAAACAUCAACACCUAAUACAAUGGCAAUUUCAAAACCGAUUGAAAGCACCACGGAUCAGAACUGUACAGCUACUAACUUUUCAGGCGCUGUGAAAUCGGAUGUUAGUGUUGUACUGGCUACGGCGAUAGUGAGAAUACGAGACCAAUCUGGACGAGUAGAGGUUAGUGGUAUGGCACAGCAGCCCGUACGAACUGUUAAGGGUUCAACCAAUUGUAGCUUUAUUCCUUUGUUGUAUGAUGCACCGCAAAUAUCGGCCACCAACAUUGUAAUAUUACCAAAAAUCACCGCUCUUAUGCCGAAUCAAAAAUUACCCAUUUCAAUUCGUGAGCGAUACGGGCAUCUUCCACUCGCUGACCCCGAUUUUGAUGUACCAGGUUCAGUAGACAUGCUGAUUGGAGGGGAUUUAUAUCCAUUCAUCUUGCGAUCGCGAUCGGACAUUGUCCAUAGUCCUGGUCUGCCGUCAGCAUUGAACACACAGUUUGGAUGGGUAAUAGUCGGAGCCAUAGAAGGGUCAAGAGAAUACUCUACGGCUUCAUCGUUGGUGGUUCAUGCGGCAUCAGAUAAUCAAAAUAUAGGUGAGCUUUUACAGCGAUUUUGGGAAGUUGAAGAACUUGAUAUAAACCAUAGCCCAAGCACAGAAGAUGAAGCAUGUGAAAGACAUUUUCAAGAAACAGUAUCGCGGGAUUGUAAUGGAAGAUUCCAUGUUGCUUUGCCUUUCAAAUCCAUAAUUUCUAGUUCAAUGGAUAAGGGAAAUACAAAGCAUGACGCUCAUUCAUUAGGCCUAGGAUCGUCCCGGGCAUUAGCUCUGAAUCGCUUAUAUAAUCUUGAACGUCGCCUAAGUAAGGACGAAGAGCUAUAUAACGCCUAUCGUGAUUUUAUGGAUGAAUAUAUUGCACUAGGCCAUAUGAAGUUGGCUGAACGCACCGGAGAAUAUUUCAUACCACAUCACGCAGUUGUAAAACGGAAGGAGAAUGAUAUAAAAAUUAGAGUUGUUUUUGAUGCCUCCGCCCCUUCUUCGUCGGGACGUUCUCUAAACGACUGCUUAGCAACUGGGUCUAAAUUGCAAACCGAUAUCGGUGACAUUUUGUUGCGUUGUCGAUUCUAUAAGUACAUAUUCAUAGCGGACAUAGUUAAGAUAUAUCGACAAAUAUUCGUUCGAAAAGAAGACCGUGUUUACCAACACAUUCUUUGGAGACGUUCACCACACGAGCAAUUGGAACAAGAUAAUGGUCCAGAAUUUCCAUUGGCAAGGCAAUUUCUGCGGUCAUAUACCUAUGUGGAUGACAUUAUUGCAGGGGCCGAUACAAGGGAAGGCAUAUUGAAGGUUCAAUGUCAAGUCGUUGGGCUGUUACAGAAAGGCUGUUUUCAGCUCAGUAAAUGGGCCAGUAAUUGCCCCGAAGUAUUGGAAGGCAUUGCGAAGGAGGACUGCGCCAGUAACCUACUAUGA